CCUUUCCCCCUUGCCGGGCGAGCGGUGUCUAUGGGGCACCCGCUGCUGCCCCCGCCGCUACCGCCACCGCCGCUGCCGCCGCUGGGUGCUGUCUCUAUGGCGAGAAGGAGGAGGAGGAGCGCGAGCUCAGCGACACAAGUACACAAAUAAAGGAUAAAGUAUUUACGAAACAAAUCUUCAAUCAAGUAUAACAUUUUGAUGCUUGGCAGCUAGACUCCUUGUGCCCUCACUAUGCCAGCAGCAACUGUAGAUCAUAGCCAAAGAAUUUGUGAAGUUUGGGCUUGCAACCUGGAUGAAGAGAUGAAGAAAAUUCGUCAAGUUAUCCGAAAAUAUAAUUAUGUUGCUAUGGACACCGAGUUUCCAGGCGUGGUUGCAAGACCCAUUGGAGAAUUCAGGAGUAAUGCUGACUAUCAGUACCAACUGUUGCGGUGUAAUGUAGACUUGUUGAAGAUAAUUCAGCUAGGACUGACAUUUAUGAAUGAGCAAGGAGAAUACCCACCAGGAACUUCAACUUGGCAGUUUAACUUUAAAUUUAAUUUGACGGAGGACAUGUAUGCCCAAGACUCUAUAGAGCUGCUCACAACAUCUGGUAUCCAGUUUAAAAAACAUGAGGAGGAAGGAAUUGAGACCCAGUACUUUGCAGAACUUCUUAUGACAUCAGGAGUAGUCCUCUGUGAAGGGGUCAAAUGGUUAUCAUUUCAUAGUGGUUAUGACUUUGGCUACUUAAUCAAAAUCCUGACCAACUCUAACUUGCCUGAAGAAGAACUUGACUUCUUUGAGAUCCUUCGAUUGUUUUUUCCUGUCAUUUAUGAUGUGAAGUACCUCAUGAAGAGCUGCAAAAAUCUCAAAGGUGGUUUACAGGAAGUUGCUGAACAGUUAGAGCUGGAACGGAUAGGACCACAGCAUCAGGCAGGAUCUGACUCAUUGCUCACAGGAAUGGCCUUUUUCAAAAUGAGAGAAAUGUUCUUUGAAGAUCAUAUUGAUGAUGCCAAAUAUUGUGGUCAUUUGUAUGGCCUUGGUUCUGGUUCAUCCUAUGUACAGAAUGGCACAGGGAAUGCAUAUGAAGAGGAAGCCAGCAAGCAGUCAUGACAUGAAAUAGUUCUCUUAUUUUUAUUUUAUUUGAGAUACACACAUGCUUGUAUAUAGGUUUUAUCUCUGGUUGAAUCCCUUGGACAGUAGACAUUACUUUUUUUUUUUCUUCAUAGCUUAUUUUUCUGCCUCUCAGCACUAAGUAUCUACCAUUCCUAUCUCAGAUCUUAAUAAAUAGAAAAGUAUUCAGGUUCAAUCCGGCCUUAAAUACACUUGUUAGUAGGAGUGUGUGAGUGGGGAAAGCUACACGGUAUUGAAUACUUUGAUAAACUUCACCUACUUGAGCUUGGUUUGUUUUUUCCCGUUCCUAAAUUAACUAGCACUGACUGUAAUUUAUUUCCCUGUUUCAUGUCUCCCUUCCAUUCUGCAGGAGUUUUAGCUAUUUGAGAUUGUGGACCAUCAAUUUUGCACUUUAGAGAGUGAUUCUGACUCAAAUCCUCUGUUUUAUCAGCAGUUUUGGUUUUCCUUGCUCUUAGCUGGAAAAAUGACCAUCUGCCAACUUUUACCAUAUUUACUUGUUUUUGACCCAUGGAAUAUAGCACAUGCACUGUGCAAAUGGUUGAAUCAGCAGGACAACAAAAAAGAAAAGACAAAAAACUACUGAGGAGCUUAGUAACUGCUGUUUCUGUGCGUAGUAGUUAACCUUCCAAGCACAUCUAGUGUCUGUCAGUUUCUAAUUGGCAUGUGUGUAGGCUGCUCUGUGACUGAAGUGUUUUUCAAACCAGCUUUACACCCUUCAGGAAAAAUCCUUUGUGAUUGGACAUUUAAUGUCUGCCGGGAAACUGGUACCCAAGAUGUUGAAGCUGCAGUUAUUUUAUGAUAGCACACUUCCCUUAUCUGCUUCUUUUUAUUCCAUCUCUGUUUACCCUUUUUUUAAAAAAUUUUAUAGCCAUAUUUACAAUGCUCUUGAUUUGUUGACUCCACAAAUCAAUUUCAUUCAAAUCCAAAGAUUGCCAAGUCUUUAGGUAUAUUUUGUACCAAAUUAAAUUACAAAAAAAUUCGAGCUUUCAUAGUUGCUACAAAGAUAAAUAAUGGAGAAAUUUGGUGCAAAACAACAUAAUACAAAAUUAUAUAUUUAUUAGCUAUAUACAGUAUAGCUAAUAAAACUACCUGAGGAGUGUAAUGCUUGUUUAUUUUUUUGUGUAUAUCUUUGCAAUCUAUUUUAUAUAUAUUGACAAAAGAGACUGUGAAAUAUUUAGCCAUGUGGAAUAUGUGACCAGACCAGAGCAUGCGUAGGAAGGCAUUUUGGUAAUAAUUAACUGCCCUGAAGUGACGGACUACAAGUUAUGAUGUGUGUCAUCUGCACUUCAAUCAGUAAUAUUAGCAAAUCUCCAAACGUUAGCCACAUUAGUUUGUUUCCCUUGUACAUUCUUUAUUCAUGAUACUUCAAUGCUGUAACUGGGUGGUCCUUUUUAAACAAAACAUUUGCAAAACAGAGGGAUUAUUUGUUUUUAAAGCUUUUGUAAAUAAAGGCUUCAGAAAUGUUUUCUUAUAUAUGUUGGUGACUGGUA